AUGCUCGACGAGAGCCUCCCCACGUUUCGCUUUCAGCCCUCGUCCGACAACCCGCUACACACGCUCCUCUACUUUACACACAACGGCUCUGAGCCCGCCGCCGAGUACCUGCUGAAGCGCCCAGCCGCAAGCGAUGCUAAAAAUCAGUAUGCGCUAGGUCUGGUGGACGUGCACUAUGCCUCGGUCAUCUACGGCGAAGUGCUGAUCCUGCCGCAGUGGACGCAGCCAUCGCUGUCGGCGGCCGAGCUGCGCGCCCAGGGUGGCGUCUCGACGGUGGUGCCCACGACUCCCGACGUACUGCCCGUGUCGCUCUACAAUCCCGACCAGACCAUUCCGCUCAAGCUGCAAAAGAGCAGCUUCAAGUCGGACUCGUGGGAGUUCGAGAUGCCCGAGCAGACGUUCAAGGCCCCCAGCACCUCGCAGAUUGACCAGGACAGCUCAUCGGGCGGGAUCGCGGAACUGACCCCGAAGGUGCUCUUUCGGUGGAAGAGGGACUCGAGGCUGAGCAAAGACAUGACGUGCUACCUGACGGGUCGUAGCUUCGGCGGCAAGAAGAGUAAAGAGCCCGACAUCACGGUUGCAAUGUAUCGCGCAUCAAAAAACGAGAGUACCGUGGUUAUAUACGAGCCCAACAUGGCGCGCGUUGAGGUUGAGGACCGAAAGGGCUUGGAGGUGGUGCUGCUGCUCAGUGCCGAGGUCAUUCGUGAAUUGUACCUGAUGCCCAAGCAAAACCCUUUCAACACAUCCGGCGCCGCGGUGCCCGUCGGCUCAGCGAAACUGCACUCCACACCCAUCUCGUCGCCGCCGCCGCCGGGAGGAAGCCGGCCACCAACUCAAGCGGCAUACGCAUCGGGAGCUCUUGGCGGCCCACCGCCAGGCAGCGGACCCCGGCCCAGCUCCUCCUCCUCGCCGCCGCCGCGCCGCGAUCCCCAACAACAGGCAUCUAUUGACGCCGAGACGAAGCGGCUGCAGGCCAUGGUGGCCGACGAGGAGCGGGCGUCACGCGACCGCGACCGCCGCGACAAGGAGGAACAGCGGCGCAUUCAGGCCAUGCUGGAGCGGGAGGAGGAAGACCGCCGGCGGCACAAGCAGGCCGAGAUAGACGAGGAGACGGAACGUCUGCGGAAGCAGUACGGUUUGCCAGCGGACACGCCCUCACUGCCGCCACGACCUGGGGGCCAGGGAGGCGGCCAGUGGUUUGGUGGCCAGUCGGGACAAGCUGUGCCGCCGCGGUCGAGUAGCACAGGACCGUCGGGGAGUGGUUAUACUAUGCCGUCGCAGCAGGCACAGCAGCAGCAUGGUCGGGCGUACAAGUUUGGCACGGCGCUGGGGUCGUUGCUCCAUGGCAAGGAUGAUAAGGAACAAAAGGUGAAUAAGAAGCGCAGCGUACAUUUCUAG